AUGUAUGUAAUAAGGUAUGGAGACUUGCUGGACAGUGGGUGGAUGCUCCUGGAUGAUAGGGCGAUGAAAGUGCGGGAAAGCGAGCGCGAGAACAUCGCACAUGGGAAAGUGUUGCCCAAUAUGGAAAUUGCUGAGAAAAGGCUAGGGAAUGAUGCUGCAAUGCAAAUCUCUACACCGGGUCUGCCCAUCCACCCGGAUCUGGACCUCAGGCCUGAUGAGGAUCUUAUGCCUGAGAUACCUGAUCCAUCACCUCUGGCCCAACCUUAUCAACCGGAUGUACCCAUCCACCCAGACCUGUACCUUGGGCCUGAUGAAGAUUUUAUGCCAGAAUUUCCUGAUGAAUCUCUUCUGGUCCAGCCUGAUCAACCAGAUUUCCCCAUUUACCUGGAUAUGUACUUCGGGCAUGAAGAUGAUCUGAUCAACUGUGAUGUGAAGCAGGAGUGUGCUGAUUUGCUCCUUUUCACAGAAGUCCACUUAGGAAGGUAG